AUGAGCCAAAAACAGAAAGUGAUGUUUAAGAGUUGUAUUGUGAUUUUUAGUUUGUUUAUCACAGCUUCUUCACCUCAACUUAUGCGGCAAAAUGACAACACAAACCCGGACGAUAGAUGGGUUUGGGGAUACGUAGAUAUGACUGUUCCGUCACGAAAUAACAAUGAUACAGAAACUCCAAAUUCUCCACCCACAACAACAGAGGAAAAUCUGCCAGAGAUCUGUUUGCCAUACAAUCCCCCGAAACCCAAUUUCGGUGCACCUGGAAAAAGAAUAAGUGAAGCAAAAUGCGAUGAAUAUGUUUGGCAACUAAAAACCAGACAGGAAGGAAGUGAUAGAUCUCAGGAAUGUGAAAAAGAACUGGAUAGAAUAAAUCCUAACAGAUCAAAACCUGUCGGCAUAAUUGGGGGACAGAACACAAAACUCGGCGAGUUCCCACACAUGGGUGCCAUAGGGUGGCAGGCGUUUGGCGGUACAUAUAUAUUCAAAUGCGGCGGCACACUCAUCAGCUCUAGGUUCGUGUUGACUGCAGCCCACUGCUCUAGAGCUUCCGACCGAGAUACUACCAUUUCAGAUCCUGUACCCAAAAUCGUAAGACUAGGACAUAAGAAUAUUAACAACCCGUUUCCCAAUGCAUUGGUAAUUACCGGUGACAAGAUCAUCAGUAUAAUAGUCCACCCUCAGUAUGCACCUCCGAAGAAGUACUAUGACAUCGCUCUGAUGAUGUUGGAGAACGAUGUGUUCUUCAGUAAAUACAUCCAACCAGCCUGUUUGUGGACCAAGUUCGAUACUUCAAGUCUUGGACCGAAGGCCACCGUGACUGGAUGGGGUGUGGUUGAAACACUUGGCAAAACCACAUCACAGGAGUUGCAAGCCGGUGUAGUAGACAUGAUAGACAGUGAGACCUGCAACCAACUGCUGAAGACUUCUUGUAACAGGAACUGGUGUGGAGUUCGAGAUGAUCAGCUCUGUGCUGGCAAACUGAUGGGAGGAGUGGAUGCUUGUCAGGGUGACUCUGGCGGACCUCUUCAGGUUCAACUGCCAAUCAAACUUGAGGAAGGCACCAUGCACUACGUGAUUGGUGUGACGUCAUUCGGCAUUGGCUGUGCGCUACCCAACCUGCCUGGAAUCUACACCAGAGUGUCCAGCUACUUGGACUGGAUCGAACCUAUUGUUUGGCCUGAUUCAUGA